CUUCCGCGUCCAGCAGCAACACGCAGUCACUCAAUCGCAGACGCGAGAUACUGCAUCUAUUACUUGAACUGGUUUCCGUGCACAGGGACUUCACCCUCGCACCUCCUCAGCAUAUCGCACGCGCCCACUCCACAAGCCAACGACGGCGCGCAACCCACCACUUACGGCUAUACUGAGCUGCUGCGAUUAUGAUAUCAUUACCAGGUCUCAACCUGGCCGCGCCGCCUACUGAGACCCUCAGCGUACCCACCUCGUCUAUAACAAGAGAGCAAGAUCUGCCCGCCAACACUGAAUACCGCUUCGAAGUCAGCUUCUCACGCACACUUACUGUUCGUCUACGAUCUGGUACAGCGGAGUACUUUGGCACAGAGCUUGCGCCCUCCACCACGUACAGCUUUCAAGGCACCAAGGGUGCGAUAUACACAUGGCACGGCUGCAAGCUCGAGCUGGGUGGUCAGGUCGAGUCAGACUAUGUCGCAGAAGAGACGCCCAUGAUGAGCCAUGCGAACCUACACUUUGCGCUCGAAAUGUUGCGAGACAGGAGUGUGGUAAGCAACAGCGUGGAGAUGGGUCCUAGAGUCCUGGUGGUGGGAGCAGAGAAUGCUGGCAAGACUGCACUGGUGAAGACUCUCACAUCAUACGCAGUCAAGAGCGGUCGCCAACCCAUGGUGAUCAACCUUGACCCACGACAAGGUUUGUUGAGCGUGCCUGGCUCCCUCUCAGCUGCGGCGUUCUCUUCCAUUGUGGACAUAGAGGAAGGUUGGGGAAGCAGUCCCAUCUCCGGCCCAAGCCCUGUCCCAGUGAAGAUGCCGUUGGUCUACCACUAUGGGCUAAAAGACCCAGAGGAGGGAAAGCUGUUCAAACCAUUGGUCACGCGCAUGGCACUGGCCGUCACGAGUAGGCUGGAGGAGGACAAAGCGAGCAAGCAGGCUGGCUUCGUUAUCGAUAGCUCGGGCACUAUCAGCGCUGGCAAGGCGGGGGUGUACGAGAACAUAGAGCAUAUUGUUUCUGAGUUUUCUGUGAACGUCCUCAUCACCAUCGGCUCCGAGCGUCUCUACUCCGACCUCUCCCGCAAAUUCUCGAAUCGCAGUUCCGACGAAACCGUCAACGUCAUCCGCAUCGACAAGUCCGGAGGUUGCGUCGACCGCUCCGAGGAGUACAUGAAAGCACUCCGCCACAGCCAGAUCCGCGAGUACUUCUUCGGCCAUGGUGAAGACGCACUGGCGCCGAGCAGUAUGACGGCCGACUUUGGGGAUCUGAAUAUCUUUAGGGUUAUUGAGAAUGAUGAAAGCGGUUUCGCCGCCGGCGACGCAGAAGACUACAACCCCGCCUCCACUGGCGUAUCCAUCUACGAGCGCAUUACACCCUCUUCCACCUUGACCAACAAGCUCCUCGCCAUCACGACCGCGAGUCCGAACGACAAGCACGAAGUCAUCAGGGAUAGUAGUGUGAGGGGGUACAUCUACGUGGCGGAUGUGGAUGAGGCGAAGCGGAAGGUCCGGCUGUUGAGUCCGCAGCCGGGACAUUUUCCGGGGAGCGCGAUGGUGCUGGGGAGUUGGCCGGAGGAUGUUGCAGGGUUGGUUAGCUGAGUGGAUGGGUGUGGAAGGGUGGGGAAGACUGUAGAUUACCU